AUAUAUUGGAGCCCCAAGGGUUCAUGGGUAGCGUAUUUACAAAGGAGCCUCCCCGCCAGCCCGUGCCACCGCUGCUAAUGAGAGCCGUCAUUAAGUAAAUGAGACGUCGCCUUCAGCUGGCUUAGGAGUUUGCACACUAAGGGGAGAAGAUAUUUAAUUGAAACCCGCACACAGCCUUCCCCACAUGUGGCCGCUGUGGGGGAGGCAGCUGCCUUGCCUCUCCUCCCCCAGUCCACCCUCACCCCCCAUGUAAAUUUCAUGAUUGCUUUCCGUGAUGUCAUUUUGAAAGAGGACAGACAAUAGCUGCGGGUAAAGAAAAUGAGUUCCGGGGUGAGCUGCUGAACCAGAGGUGGACACACGGAGACAAGGCCAGCAGUGGCAGGACCUCAAGACACCUCCCGGGCAGGCACAGCAAGAUGAGCUUAGAAAAUGACGACAAGCGAGCUCGCACACGGUCCAAAGCCCUCCGAGGACCUCCAGAGACCACAGGCGCAGACCUCAGCUGCCCCACCCCAGGAUGCACGGGCUCAGGACACGUCCGCGGCAAGUACUCCAGGCAUCGGAGCUUACAGAGCUGCCCUCUGGCCAAGAAGAGGAAGCUGGAGGGAGCUGAGGCCCAGCACCUGGCGUCCAAGAGGAAGUCGCACCCCCUGAAGCUGGCCCUGGACGAGGGCUAUGCUGUGGACAGCGACGGCAGUGAGGACGUGGAGGUGAAGGACGCCUCUGUUUCGGAUGAAUCAGAAGGAACUCUGGAGGAGGCCGAGGCCGAGAUGUUAGGACAGGAGGAGAUUCAUCGCCCUGAGCCAGCUGAAGGAAGGAGCCCCAUCAAGUCCUGUCUUGGAUCCAACCCUGUCAGCAGCCCUGCUGGCUCCUCCAAGGGCAGCUACGGCAGCUACCAGGGGGUCAUCGCAACUUCCCUCCUAGACUUGGGCCAGAUUGCCAAAGAGCCCCUAGUGGGGGAGGACUCAGACCAAGUGGCGAGGCCAGGCCCUUCUACUGUGCACCUGCUUCAGGAGGAGGCUGCAGAGGGAGCCACCAGCGACGAGGGCGAGAAGGACCUCUUCAUCCAGCCAGAGGACGCAGAGGAGGUUGUUGAAGUCACCAGCGAGCAUUCCCAGGAUCUGUGUCCCCAGUCCCUGGAGGAUGUGGUCAGGGAGGAGUGCAACAAGCAGAAAGGCAUCCUGGGUCACGAGGAUGAGGAGGAGGAGGAGGAAGAAGAGGAGGAGGAGGAGGACGAGGAUGAGGAUGAGGAGGAUGAGGACGAGGACGAGGAUGAAGAGGAGGAGGAGGAGGAAGGGGAGGAGGGGGCAACUCCUGAUGUCAUCUUCGAAGACGAUGCCUCUCACACCUCUGCCCAGAAGGCCCCUGAGCUCCGGUGCCCAGAGCCUCCCAGUCCCAAGCCUGAAUGCUCUGUCAUUGUGGAGGUCCGCUCAGACGAUGACAGGGACGAGGACACACGCUCCCAGAAGUCCACGGUCACGGCCGAGUCGGAGAUGCAUGACAUGAUGACCCGUGGGAACCUGGGCCUCCUGGAGCAGGCCAUCGCCCUGAAGGCCGAGCAAGUGCGCGCCGUCUGCGAGCCAGGCUGCCCACCUGCCGAGCAGGGCCAGCUGGGCCCGGGCGAGUCAGGGAAGGCGGCAAAGCCCCUGGAUGCUGUGCGGAAGAGCUGCUACAGUAAAGAUCCUUCAAGAGCUGAGAAGCGUGAGAUCAAGUGUCCAACACCAGGCUGUGACGGCACUGGCCAUGUUACUGGGUUGUACCCUCACCACCGCAGCCUGUCUGGCUGUCCACACAAAGACAGGAUCCCCCCAGAGAUCUUGGCCAUGCAUGAGAAUGUGCUGAAGUGCCCCACUCCUGGCUGCACAGGCCAGGGCCACGUGAACAGCAACCGCAACACGCACAGAAGUUUGUCUGGGUGUCCCAUUGCUGCCGCUGAAAAAUUAGCCAAAUCUCAUGAGAAGCAGCAGCCGCAGACAGGAGACCUUUCCAAGAAUAGCUCCAGUUCCGAUCGGAUCCUCAGGCCCAUGUGCUUUGUGAAGCAGCUCGAGGUCCCUCCGUAUGGGAGCUACCGGCCCAAUGUGGCCCCUGCUACGCCCAGGGCCAACUUGGCCAAGGAGCUGGAGAAGUUCUCCAAGGUCACCUUUGACUACGCAAGUUUCGAUGCUCAGGUUUUUGGCAAACGCAUGCUUGCCCCAAAGAUUCAGACCAGCGAAACCUCACCUAAAGCCUUUCAAUGCUUCGACUACUCUCACGACGCCGAGGCUGCACACAUGGCUGCCACCGCCAUCCUGAACCUCUCCACGCGCUGCUGGGAGAUGCCUGAGAACCUCAGCACGAAGCCACAGGAGCCCCCCAGCAAGCCUGUGGACAUUGAGGUAGAUGAAAACGGAACCCUGGACUUGAGCAUGCACAAGCACCGGAAACGAGAAAGUGCUUUCCCUAGCAGUAGCAGCUGCAGCAGCAGCCCCGGCGUGAAGUCUCCAGAUGCCUCCCAGCGCCAGAGUGGCACCAGCGCCCCCAGUAGCUCCAUGACCUCGCCCCAGUCCAGCCAGGCCUCCCGCCAGGACGAAUGGGACCGGCCCCUGGACUACACCAAGGCCAGCCGCCCGCGAGAGGAGGAGCCCGAGGAGUCAGAGCCAGCAGCCCAUUCUUUUGCUUCUUCUGAAGCAGAUGACCAGGAAGUGUCGGAAGAGAAUUUUGAGGAGCGCAAGUACCCGGGGGAAGUCACCCUGACCAACUUUAAGCUGAAAUUUCUCUCCAAGGACAUAAAGAAGGAGCUACUCACCUGUCCCACCCCCGGCUGUGAUGGCAGUGGCCACAUCACCGGCAACUAUGCCUCCCACCGCAGCCUCUCUGGUUGCCCUCUUGCUGACAAGAGCCUCAGAAACCUCAUGGCUGCCCACUCUGCUGACCUCAAGUGCCCCACGCCUGGCUGUGACGGCUCUGGCCACAUAACAGGGAACUAUGCUUCACACCGGAGCUUGUCAGGCUGCCCUCGUGCCAAGAAGAGCGGAGUCAAGGUGGUUCCCGCCAAGGACGACAGGGAGGACCCGGAGCUGAUGAAGUGCCCGGUUCCAGGUUGUGUGGGUCUUGGUCACAUCAGUGGCAAAUACGCCUCUCACAGAAGCGCAUCUGGCUGCCCACUGGCUGCCCGAAGGCAGAAAGAGGGCUCCCUUAAUGGCUCGACCUUCUCCUGGAAGUCGCUGAAGAAUGAGGGGCCAACCUGCCCCACGCCAGGCUGUGAUGGCUCCGGCCACGCCAACGGGAGCUUCCUCACCCACCGGAGUUUGUCUGGGUGUCCCAGAGCAACCUUUGCUGGAAAGAAGGGAAAACUCUCAGGGGAUGAGGUUCUCAGCCCGAAGUUCAGGACCAGUGACGUGCUGGAGAACGACGAGGAGAUCAAGCAGCUGAACCAGGAGAUCCGAGACCUGAACGCAUCCAAUUCGGAGAUGGAGGCCGCCAUGGUGCAGCUGCAGUCCCAGAUCUCCUCCAUGGAGAAGAACCUGAAGAACAUUGAGGAGGAGAACAAGCUCAUCGAGGAGCAGAACGAAGCCCUGUUUCUGGAGCUGUCCGGCCUGAGCCAGGCCCUUAUCCAAAGUCUUGCCAAUAUCCGCCUUCCACACAUGGAGCCAAUAUGUGAACAGAAUUUCGACGCCUAUGUGAGCACCCUCACUGACAUGUACUCCAACCAGGAGUGCUACCAGAAUCCUGAGAACAAGGACCUCCUGGAGAGCAUCAAGCAGGCCGUGAGGGGCAUCCAGGUCUAGGCCGCGGUGUCCCGAGGAGCGCCCCGAGUGGCUCUGUCCUUUACCUCCUCGCCCUGCUGCUCGCAGGGGCAUUCCUAGUCACAGGGACUUCUCGUCAGCGGCCCGUUUUGCCUCGGGUGGGCUCAUCCAAAGGGGUGCCUGUCAUGGCGCCCCCACUGGGCUCGGGCCACGACCUCCCCCUGCUCAUGCUCGGGGGCACUGAAGUAUUACAAAGUGAUUUAUUUUUGUUUUCUGAAAGAAAUCUGAAGAGCAGCUCAAAGUCUCCAGUGGAAGCUCAUGGACAAGGUUCUCAGGGAAGUUUAGGAGUUUGUGGCCAACUGCUCCCUGUCUGUCGAGGCUGGGAGGGUGGCGUGGCAGCUGGGUGGUGCAGGGGUGCCGUGUCUCAGUCUGGAGGAUGUGCCUGGGGCGCGUGUCUGUGCUCAGCGAGGGCUCGUGUGGCAAGUGUGUUUUCUGUUUCCAUUUAGUUCAUUUUGUGUUAAGGGUGCUCCAGAGGGAAGUUAGGAACAGGCCUUGCAGACGAUCACUCCAGGCAGCUGGAAAGCAUUGCAGCGCACAGUCAGCUCAAGGAAUUUUAACCGGGGACGCCCCUGAAAAUCAGCCUCACGCCUGGGUCAUCUGGCCCUAAGGCUGUGCAGAUGAGUGUGGCCUCGGGUCACGGCUGCCCCCAGGAUGCAGCCUUCAGUCUCGGGUCUGGGCUCCAAGCCUGGGGAUCACCUGGCCAGGCCUUGGGCUUGUGUGUCCACCACCUGGCCCCUGACCUGUCACUGCCACAUUGCCCCGUCACAGCUGGGCUCCAUCUCUGUAUUCAAGUUGACGAAGGUGGGGACAGCGUCAUUGAAGUCGGGGUAAAUCCCUAACAGGAGACCACCAACAUUUCACUCUCUUUUAGAUGCAUUCAAGAUGUGAAAAAGGUAAAUUUUAAUUCAAUGUGUUAAAAACACAAAGUUACUGCUGUGUAAAUAGAGUCCAAGUCGAUUGUGACUGCAGUUCCGAGUCAGUGUUUUGAGGUAGAGAAGUUGCACUUCCUGGAAGAAUUAAAAUGUAGUGAGUUUAAUUAUCCUGUAAAUUAUUUAAUUUGUCAAGAUGUAAGUAUUUAUAUUCACAAUCUCUUACGUCAACGUUUGCUAUUUAUUUAAUGUUUUUAUUUAUUGAUUUUAUACUAUUUCAACUAGACCCCACACCAGGGCACUACAGAGGGAAAUAAGUUAGAUCAAAGGAAAAAUAACUGCUUGACUAUGAGACAGGCCACACACAAAAAUCCUGAUAUAACUUCUAGUUAUAAUUUUGAUGCAACCAAGUUAUUUUUAUAUAUUUUGUUAUUUAUUCUUUUAAUAAUGGAAUUUUUAAAAAAGUAUUUUGUAACUGAGGAAUUUUGAUAAUUUGGGGAUUUUUUUUUCCCUUGGUCCAAUGGAGAGAAAGAUGUUUUGUUUUUUUUCCCCCUUUUGGGUUCCUUUUGUUUCAGGCACAGAUAAAGCAAAUGGAAUUCUGUAUUUAUUAUUAUUUAUGCGUAGCGCAGACGUGUGUGCUCUGGUGUGUUUCUUGUGUCGCGUGUGUAUGUCGGUCCUGAUGGCUGAGUUGUGUUGCUGUGAGGGGUACUGGCCAUGGUCAACCCCGCAUAGUCACCCGCUCACAGGCUGCGCUAUGUCCCCUGAUGGCUCCGAUACUGUGACCCUCCUUCCUCAGGAAACGCGUUGAACCCACAGCACUCAUGGUGUGUUUGCAGGGUGAUUUCCUAAUAAAAGUCCACUCUGACUGA